UUCUCCUGACCUCCUCAUCCAAGUCAAUCCUAGUGACCGUUGCCGCCGCUCCCCCUCCUUGUUCUUCCCCCUUCUCGCCGGGCAAUUGGCAAGGAGAGACAGCGGCGGCUGGCGGGGGCACGGAACGGAGCCAGCAACCGGUCGGCAACCACUGCCGAUAGAUCGACGAUGGCGGUGGCCGACGCCAAGCCGCGCCUCAACGUGCCGCCGUCCAUGGCGGCCGCGCUCCGCCUCGAUCCCGUCCCCCUCUCACCGCCCACCUCGCGCCGCCUCGCCGAGGCUCCCAAGACGCCCUCCCCAUCCAAGACCACCUACAGCGACCGCUUCAUCCCCUGCCGCUCCUCCUCCCGCCUCCAGAACUUCGCGCUCCUCGACUCCCCCUCUUCCAACUCCAAGGAUGAAACCACCUACUCCCGCCUCCUCCGCGCGGAGCUCUUCGGCCCCGAUUCGCCUGGUCCGGCACCCGCGACCUCCCCGGGCCCCGCAUCGCCCAACACCAACCUCUUCAGAUUCAAGAAAGACCACUCCGCCGCCACCUCCCCCUUCGCCGCCGCCCACCAGGACUGCACCGCCGGAUCUGGGGAGCCCACGGCGUCGCCACAGAAGCCGCCCAGGAAAGUCCCCAAGACGCCGCACAAGGUCCUGGACGCCCCGUCCCUGCAGGACGACUUCUACCUCAACCUCGUCGACUGGUCCUCGCAGAACAUGCUCGCCGUCGGCCUAGGGACUUGCGUCUACCUCUGGUCCGCCUCCAACAGCAAGGUCACCAAGCUCUGCGAUCUGGGGCCCAGGGACAGCGUCUGCGCCGUGCAUUGGUCGCGGGAAGGCUCCUAUCUUGCCAUUGGCACCGGCCUUGGAGAUGUCCAGAUCUGGGACAGCUCGCGCUGUAAACGGAUUAGGAACAUGGGAGGUCACCAAACACGCGCUGGGGUAUUAGCAUGGAGCUCCUGCAUCUUGUCCUCCGGUAGCAGGGACAAGAACAUAUUGCAGCACGACAUCCGUGUCCCCAGUGACUAUAUCAGCAGCUUCUCUGGUCAUAGAUCAGAGGUCUGUGGACUAAAAUGGUCGCAUGACGACCGUGAGCUUGCUUCCGGUGGAAACGACAACCAGCUACUAGUAUGGAACCAACGAUCGCAACAGCCAGUGUUGCGGUUGACGGAACAUACAGCUGCGGUUAAAGCAAUAGCGUGGUCACCACAUCAGCAAGGCCUCCUGGCAUCAGGAGGCGGAACAGCUGAUAGGUGUAUCAGGUUUUGGAACACGGCUAAUGGGAAUCUUCUCAACUCAAUAGACACAGGCAGCCAGGUUUGCAACCUUGCCUGGUGCAAAAAUGUGAAUGAGCUCGUGAGCACACAUGGGUAUUCCCAAAAUCAAAUCAUGGUGUGGAAAUAUCCAUCUAUGUCAAAGGUUGCAACUCUAACUGGACAUACGAUGCGUGUGCUUUACCUUGCAUCAUCGCCUGAUGGCCAGACCAUAGUAACAGGAGCGGGCGACGAAACUCUACGAUUUUGGAACAUUUUCCCAUCAGUGAAGACACAGACUCCUGUCCGUGAUAUUGGGCUGUGGUCGUUCUCAAGAAGCCACAUCCGGUGAUGAGCGGGCCUGGGCCUGGGCCUAGACCUAGACCUGGAGGAGGCAAACAAGAUGCAGAUAAGCUUAUUUGUUGGGAAGCAAGAUACAGUAAAUUGUUUACAGGCGUGUGCACAGGUAGCUAGUUUGUUGAGUGUUUUUUUUGUUGUUGUAAAAUGUGAGGCCUGAUCAUUCAUUGGUUCAUUGUUGUUUUUGUUUGUGUGUGGGGGGUAAAUUAAUGGAUUGUUUGAGGUAGAAAGAAAGAGUCGGGUGAUGAUGUAUCAGAAUACUUGCUUGCUGACGAUUGACAAAAUAGAGAUAAAACAGUGAACUGCAUGUAACUGUUUGUAUGUGUGGGCGACUGACUUGACUUGUUCGUAAUUGGAAAUGAGUCAUUUGUGUUUGGUCC